AUGGCGACCAAGACAAUGCGCGCCGUUGUUUUAAAAGGAGUUGGCAGGGUUGUCGUCGAAGACCGACCACGUCCGAGCCUGCAAGAAAAUACGGAUGUGAUCAUAAAAGUGACAUCCUCGGGUCUCUGCGGUUCUGAUCUUCAUUGGUAUCAUGGCCGUCUCGAUGUGGUAUCGGAGUUCGUAAUCGGUCACGAAGUUGUUGGAACAGUGGAGGAAAGGGGCUCCGACGUGAAGCGCCUACAGGUCGGAGACAAAGUUGUUGUCCCGUUCUGUACAGCAUGCUCAUCGUGCUACUACUGUCAAUUGGGAGAGUCGGGCCGCUGUACGAAAGGUCUGAUGCUCGGCCUGCCGGGGCAGCUUGAGGGUGGUCAAGCAGAGUUCGUGAGAGUACCUCUAGCAGACACAAGUGUGGUUAAAGCCCCUGACACAAUUCCCGAGCAGAUGCUUGUGUUAAUGGCAGAUAUCAUGCCGACUGGAUAUUUUGCCGCCUCACGUUUCGUGAAGGACCUUCCUCUGAGCCGUCGCAAUGAGAUGACUGCCGUUGUGAUUGGAUGUGGCCCAGUCGGUAUAUGUGCGAUCGCAACCGCCCUCACAAUGGUCAAACAUGUUUACGCCAUCGACUCGGUGCCCGGUCGCCUUGCGGAAGCCGCGAAAGUCGGGGCUAUCCCACUCAACCUCAACGAAGGCCCCAUUGAAAAGAUAAAGUCCGUCACUGAAGGCCGAGGUGCGGAUGCUGUCAUGGAGGUUGUAGGACAUACUGACGCUUUGAUGCUUGGGCUAGAAUUGGUCAGACCAUACGGGACACUCAGUUCCGUGGGAGUACACACGGAUACUAUUCCCUUGCAAGGGCUGACUCUGUACGGCAAAGGCGUAAAAAUGGGAUUCGGCAGAUGUCCAGUCCGGAGCGUUUUUGAUGACGCACUGAAUGUCCUCGUGAAACAGCAAGACAAGCUUGCCUUUUUGUGUUCAGUGAAGAUGUCUCUCGAAGAUGCGGCACAGGCUUACGAGGAUUUUGCCGCUAGAAAAGUCCAUAAAGUUGUGUUCGACGUGGCUAGUCUAGCGAAAGAGCAGGCAUGA